GAGUAUUAGGAUCUGAAAUGUUCAUAACUGUAAAGUAAAUAAAUGAUAAGCAUGCGAUUUGUUAUCGGUUUUACUAGUGUCAACCAUUGCAGACUAUUCUUUGCAAGACGUCAUAGUAUCAUGGCAAACCCACUGAUCGCAGUGUGUCAAAUGACAUCGACAAAUGAUAAAGAAAUGAAUUUGAGAACUGUACGCGAACUUGCUGAGAAAGCUAAAGCUAAAUCAGCUUGUAUCGCAUUUUUUCCUGAAGCAUGCGACUAUUUAGCAGACAAUAGAAAAGAUAUAGUAGCUAUGGCACAAUCAUUAGAUGGUUCAACAGUUGCAUCCUAUAAAGAAAUUGCAAAGAGUAAUAAAAUUUGGCUCUCAUUAGGUGGAAUACACGAAGCGUUAAAUAAAGAUGAGCAAAGGAUAAGUAACUCACACAUUGUUAUAAACAGUGAUGGUGAAAUUGCUGGUACUUAUCGAAAAGUUCACUUGUUCGACAUGGAUAACAAAACUACUGGCGUCAAAUUGAUGGAGUCAAAUUAUGUUAAACCAGGAGACAGAAUUGAAUCGCCUGUGUCCACACCAAUUGGUAAAUUAGGACUCGGUAUUUGCUACGAUAUGCGUUUUCCCGAGUUAUCCCUAACAUUGAGAAACAUGGGAGCAGAAAUUUUAACAUAUCCAUCAGCAUUUACAUACCAAACUGGAGCUGCACAUUGGGAGAUAAUAUUAAGAGCUCGGGCAAUAGAGACACAAUGUUAUGUUGUAGCCGCUGCACAAACUGGUACACAUAACAAGAAGAGAGUGAGCUGGGGUCAUGCUAUGAUUGUAGAUCCUUGGGGGACCAUAGUUGCCCAGUGCAGUGAGAAAACUGAUAUAGCAAUAGCAGAAAUAGAUUUGGGUCUUGUUCAACUAGUUCGUGAAAACAUGCCGUGCGAAAACCAUCGCAGAACGGACUUGUAUGCGAAAAUGGAAUCUUUAAAAUGUUAAUUCCAUAAGCUACAAAAUGUGUUGAACGCAUUUAAUGAUUUCAUACGAGCCGACGCUCGUGCCCAAUGAUUGAUGUAAAAAGUAGCUACAUAGAUAUUAAAGGGUUUAAAAUGUAGUCAUGUUACAUUUUUGUAACAUACAUGUAUAAAACAAACAUUUAUUAUAAUACAUCUUAUUGUACAUACUGUAUAAUGAUCCAUGAAUAUUAAAUAUGAAUACCUUUGUACCUUAAAAGUGAAGAAUAAAGUUAAAAUAAGGUGCUCAUACAAAUAGA